UCGAGAAUAGAGAGCACAUUUCUCAAGGACCGGCGAAGGCAUAAAGAGCGGGCAUGCCACCCAAAUCGGAGCACUCGGCCGCCGCUGGCGGUGGCGCAGCCUCCCUAGUCACCACUGCCGCAUCGCUGCCUUCGGAUCAGGCCUCGAUGGAUCCGUUUCUCCACCUCCUCAGGCUUCUCCCCUACAGCUUCCUACGCCCGCCCCGUACGCGUCUGAAGCUCCCCUCCUCUCUUGCGCUCCCUUCCCCGAUGACUGUAUUUUCCCUCGUGUUGCUCACUUACUUUGCCGUCGUUUCUGGUCUUGUCUACGACGUCAUCGUCGAGCCCCCAGGCAUCGGCAGCACUCAGGAUCGCUACGGUACUGUCCGCCCUGUCGUCUUCCUUCCCGGCCGUGUCAAUGGUCAGUACAUUAUUGAGGGUCUCUCUUCUGGGUUCAUGUUCGUGCUCGGCGGCAUCGGUCUGAUCCUGCUGGACCUUGCCCUCGACCGCAACCGUCCACGCAGUGUACGCAUCUCCUUCGCUUCGUUCGGGAUCUCUGCCACGAUCAUUUCCUACAUCAUGAGCAUGCUCUUCAUCCGCAUCAAGAUUCCCGGCUACCUAUCGUGAUUUGGCUCUAGUUGAGAAGGUAUUAGGUUAUCGGAGUUUUUAUCAUCCUUGUUAGAUCUGCGAUAAAUAAGUGCUCUGUUAAUGUAUUUCAGUUAUGGAUGGUACUGCGCGGUGUUAAUUUUUAAUUUUUGGUUGUCUUAAGUUAAAAUAUUAACUCUGUUGAUUGAAGUUGUUUUCCCUAGAAUGCUUCACAAAUUAAUAUAUAUAUUUUUAUGGUUCUAGCAGUAA